AUGGGCGUCCUGCUGCCAUGCCCCUGCGGACGAUGGCAACACGCCAUCUGCCGAUUCGGUAUUAGCUAUAAUAAGAGUGUCACCUCAUCAACCCUUCCCCUCCCCUUUCCCUUCUCUCCUCUUCCAGACGCUGCCGCCGCCACCCAUCAUCAUCUGUCUUCGUCUCCUUCCCAUCCGAUCCCCUUGUCCGGCUUCAACUUCUUCAACCUCCUACAGACGAUUGUUUGUUCCAUCGUCGGACGCAGUCCCAUCUCAUUCUCAGGUGCGUGCCGGGGCGAGCUCGCCACUCGUCGCUCCUCGCUAACGCGUGACGGCAGGGAACUGAUUUCGCCGUCGCCACUUGUCCCAUCCUCGCCCUCGUCCUCGUCCAAGAUGCCUCUUCACCGCGUCCCCAAGCUCCCCCGAGCCAAGACGUCCGAGGUCUUCUGCAUCGGCGCAGCCGGUGUCGGCGUUCUGGCUCCUCUCUACCUCUUCGUCCCCGGCGCCGAGGAGCGGCUGGCCAAGCAGACGACCAAGUGGGCGCCGCGAUGGGAGCGCAACAUCUCGUACGUCACGCAGCCGGUGGAGCGAACCGUCCAGCGCCUGGAACCCCCCAUCGCUCGGGUCGUCCAGCGCGUCGAGCAUAGGCUGCCGCUCGAGAAGAUGGCCAAGCGGGUCGACACGGGCAUCCGCAGCUCCAUCGACCGCUUCGGCCCCAAGUCGGGUCCCGCAUCGCCAUCGUCAUAA